GUCUAAUUAAACCUAACCUCUUUUGCCAAUUUUUUUUCUUAUUCGAAACAAUCGAAACCUCAUAGAACACUAUAGAUAAUAGAAGUUGUUCUUGCAUUCUUGUUUGCCAAAAUAGCGAAAAAACAUAGAAACACAACUCUUUUCCAUUACAUACUAUAAAAAUGACCGAUGUUGAUAAAUUAGCGAUGGGCCCUAGGGAAGGCAUAACUUAUCCAAUUCAUGUACAAUAUUGUGGAAACUGCAAUAUGCCGAUUGAAUAUUGUGAGUAUUAUCCUGAGUAUGAGAAAUGUAAAACAUGGCUUGAAAAGAAUCUACCAGAUGAAUUUGAUAAAAUGAAGGUGAUCGAUGAAUUGGAAGGUGCUGGAAAUGAAGAAGAAAAAAAAAGACAGAAACGUGGGGGAAAAGGCAUCAUCAAAACUAAAAAGAAGGAGGAUGCACCCAAGAGAGUCUGUGUUUCAAGAGCACCUAGAGGAAAAAAGAAGUCUGUUACCGUUGUUACAGGCUUGAAUACUUUUGAUAUCGAUUUGAAAGUAGCUGCAAAAUACUUUGGCACCAAGUUUGCCUGUGGAUCUUCUGUGACAGGAGAUGAUGAGAUAGUUAUUCAAGGAGAUGUGAAAGACGAUUUGUUUGAUAUUAUACCUGACAAGUGGCCAGAGAUUGAUGAGGAUUUCAUUGAGGAUUUGGGCGAUCAGAAAAGAUAAGUAUUUUUUUUGGAUAAUGAAGUAACUAACUCGAUGUAACAUUCAAAUAUUAAAAGAAUUAUAAAUUU